CAAAUUAAAGUGUGGAAAUAUGGAGUAUAUAUAUAUAUAUAUAUAUAUAUAUAUAUUAGUGAGAUGCAGUUCAUACAGUUUUCAGCUUCGCCAUUCGUGCAUCGUAGAUUAUAGUUAUCGACUGUGUUUGUCACUGACUCGUUAUUCCUCAAGUGAGCUGAUAUCAUGGCGCUUGAAAGGUCUGGAAUCGCUGAAGAUGUUACACAAUUGAUUGGCAAAACCCCAUUAGUAUAUCUAAAUAAACUUGCUGAUGGUUGUGUUGCCCGAGUCGCCGCCAAGCUGGAAUUGAUGGAGCCAUGCUCUAGUGUAAAGGACAGGAUUGGCUAUAGUAUGAUUGCUGAUGCAGAAGAGAAGGGACUUAUCACACCUGGAAAGAGUGUUCUCAUUGAACCAACUAGCGGUAAUACUGGAAUUGGAUUAGCCUUCAUGGCAGCAGCUAAGGGUUACAAGCUCAUAAUUACGAUGCCUGCUUCAAUGAGUCUUGAAAGAAGAACCAUUCUAUUAGCUUUUGGAGCUGAGUUGGUUCUUACUGACCCUGCAAAAGGAAUGAAAGGAGCUGUUCAGAAAGCUGAAGAGAUAGUGGCUAAGACUCCUAACUCCUACAUGCUUCAGCAAUUUGAAAACGCUGCCAAUCCCAAGGUACACUAUGAAACCACUGGUCCAGAGAUAUGGAAAGGCACAGCUGGUAAAGUUGAUGCACUUGUUUCUGGGGUAGGUACUGGUGGUACCAUAACAGGUGCCGGGAAAUAUCUUAAAGAGCAGAAUUCCAAUAUAAAGAUGAUUGCUGUGGAACCAGUUGAAAGUCCAGUGCUCUCAGGAGGAAAGCCUGGUCCACACAAGAUUCAAGGGAUUGGUGCUGGUUUUGUCCCUGGUGUCUUGGAUGUCAAUCUUCUGGAUGAAGUCAUUCAAAUAUCAAGUGAUGAAGCUAUAGAAACUGCGAAGCUUCUUGCACUUAAAGAAGGCCUAUUCGUGGGAAUAUCUUCAGGAGCUGCAGCUGCCGCUGCCAUUAAGAUAGCAAAAAGACCAGAAAAUGCUGGAAAACUUAUCGUUGUUGUUUUUCCAAGCUUUGGUGAGAGGUACCUGUCCUCUGUGCUAUUUGAGUCGGUCAGACGAGAAGCUGAAAGCAUGACUUUUGAGACCUGAAUCCCUGUUUAAGGCUUUUCUCGUGAAUUUUCAUAGGCUUAAACAAUUGACUAUCAUAAUAAUGUUUGUGAUUCUAAAAUAAAACUUUCUUCAGAAGACUUGAAAUGUUACCUCUGAAGAAGAAAGAGGAAUAAAUUCGGCGCUUGACAAUCAGUAAACCCGUUUUGAGCAUCUUAUGAAAAGUUUGAGUAAAAGGAAAAGUUAAAUUUAUUUAUAUUAGCUUAGCUCCUCCACCGGGAUAUGGUGUUAUGUGUACCAACACUAUUCCAAUCUUAUUAUAUUUCAAUUUAUAGGCAUACGUAUUGAUCUUGUAA